CGAUCUGACUGGCCUUGUUGAAUUUUACGGCCAACGUGGUAUCAGCAGUGCGGCGGAAGGCGCGUAGAGGCAUCGGAGGAUCGUUUCCCUUGGGCGACCAUGUCGGCCUCAACGAGUCUCGCGAGCUCUUCGAGCGGCCCGAAGGCUCUCUCGAGCGAUUUCCAAUUGGGAGACUGCCUCGGCAAGGGCGCCUUCGGUUCCGUGUACCGUGCCCUGAACUGGGUGACGGGAGAAACCGUCGCAGUGAAAGAGAUACAGCUCGCGAACAUCCCGAAGUCGGACCUAGGGGAGAUUAUGUCCGAGAUUGAUUUAUUGAAGAACUUGAAUCAUCCGAAUAUCGUCAAGUAUAAGGGUUUUAUCAAGACGCGCGAGUAUCUGUAUAUUAUCUUAGAGUUCUGCGAAAACGGUUCCCUCCACAACAUCUGCAAACGUUUCGGCAAGUUCCCGGAGAACCUUGUCGGUGUAUAUAUAUCGCAGGUUUUAGAGGGCCUCGUCUAUCUGCACGACCAGGGUGUGAUCCACCGCGACAUCAAGGGUGCAAACCUGCUCACCAACAAGGAUGGGACCGUGAAGCUUGCCGACUUCGGGGUCGCUAGCACGGCGGCGGCCAGUGCUGUGGAUGCUGCGGUGGUUGGAAGUCCAUAUUGGAUGGCUCCUGAGGUCAUAGAACAAACGGGUGCAACCACGGCGUCUGAUAUCUGGAGUGUUGGCGCCACUGUCAUCGAGCUCCUCGAAGGAAAGCCGCCGUACGCCGGGAUGGACCCAAUGCCGGCUCUCUUCCGUAUUGUACAGGAUGACUGUCCUCCGAUACCAGAAGGCGCGAGCCCGAUCGUCAAAGAUUUCCUCUAUCAUUGUUUCCAGAAGGACCACAAUCUGCGCAUAUCAGCGAAGAAGCUUUUAAGACACCCUUGGAUGCUGCAAGCUCGUGGCCGGGUCGGGAGGAGUCUGAAGGAUCCGGAGGAGCAUGCAAAUAGGGAGACCGGUCGUCAGGACAAGGACACCGAUAAGUCCGUGGAUAAGGAUAAGCCGAGAAAACGAGAGAGGAAGGACAGGGGCGGGUCCAAUAAUGGCGAUGGGCCGGAAAGGAGACCGCUGAGCAACUACAACUACGACGAAGCUGUGGCGCAGGUACAGGAGUGGAAUGAAGCGUUGAAAUCUCCCUCUCGUCCCUCCAAACAUCCGUCGCGUCAUCGUGGCAUCUCAAUACCUGAUGCCCACCCGCCAUCGCCGACGACGGCCCAUAUGCCGACCUCCUCCUCCAAUGGGAGCAUGCCCUCUUCCAUGUCCUCAUCUUCAUCUGGUUCAUCACAACAAACGCUACUAGCACCUACUGGCCUCCGGUUAAAGGCGCCUGUAGCGAUGUCCGGCCCCAUGCUCACCGUGCCAGGAGGACCGAGUCUUGUAGAAAAGAUUCAACAGCCGCUGUCGCUUGCGUUGCGGAGUGCUCCCGAGGAACAGACAGAUAAUUGGGAUGACGACUUCGAGGAGGGUAUCAGUCUUUCCAAGAUUCAAGCGCUGGAGAAGACGACGGCGGAGUCCGACGACGAGACGGCCAAACAUGAAGCUGUUGCGGAAGAUAACGCACGAACCAUCCGUCCCACUACCAAAAGUCCCAUUACACCGGCAGCCGGUCUACCCGCGGAAGAUAUGAGCACGAUCGAGGAGGAUUAUUCAGACCUCGCCGGAGAUGAUGACGAUACUCUUGCGGAGAAGGUCGCUUCCUUCAAGAUGAAAAACUCACUUCGUCGCGGUCUUUUCCAUCCCGAUGAUAUCAAGACUGUUGGACUGGGCACCGUGCCAGCAGCUCCGAUGACAGCGCCUCUAUCCCACCCGGACGGCUCGGCUUCGUCAAAACCAAAGAGGCGUCCUUCGUUAUCGCCUUUGGUAUCUUUGCCCUCAGGAGCGGUGCCAGGCCCGAUGUCUGCACGCUCUUACUCACAGCCAACUACGACCAUGGGCCAAAGUCACGGACGCUCGACAUCAACAACAGGCGCCAAUGGCUCUCAUGGACGCGCUCACGAAUUCGGGAAGUACGCUGAGGACGACGAGGAGGAUUAUGAAGACGUCUUUGGCAAGGUCGUCGGUACUUCUUCGGAUCAACCAAUGCAGACUCUUCAGCUCAAUACUCGACUUUCAAAUAAGUCAUGGUUGGGUGAUGAAGGCUCUAGCGAUGAAGAUCCAUUUGCUGAGAUUGAUGAGGGCUUCGAUGAGGAUGAUUUGGAGACCAACCUCCAGCGCGACAAGUACGCAAGAUUGUGCGGUCAAGUCAAUCAGCUUCUUGACGAGUUGACACCGGCGACUCCCGAUUUCCAGUUGCGGGAAGCAUCUGAACAAUUGUACAAUAUCCUCAUUGAUUCUCCCGAGAUGCAAGGACAGCUUGUUUCGUCUCAUGGCAUGCUCGCCAUUCUUGAAGUCCUGGAAGGAAAGACUAUGCGAGACGUGAGCCUGAAAUUACUCCAGAUCAUCAACCUGCUGGUCAAUGAGGACAUUGGUUUCCUAGAGAGCUUUUGUCUCAUCGGCGGUAUUCCAGUCGUUAUGGGUUACACCUCAAAACGAUAUCCAGAAGAGUGCCGACUUGAAGCCUCGCACUUCAUCCGUUUGCUAUGCCAUACAUCGGUGCUCACACUGCAGAUGUUCAUUGCGUGUCGGGGGCUGAAAGUGCUUGUCGAUCUGUUGGACGAGGACUACGAACGCCAGACGCAACUCGUCGUCCACGCGCUGAAUGGUAUCGGCAGCGUGUUCGAACUGCAGAGUCCGACGACCAAGAACGAUUUUUGCCGCAUGUUCCUCCGUGAAGGGCUCAUGGACCCACUCUCCGCGGCGUUACUCAACGUAAUGACUAUGCGUGACGAGCUUUCAGCGGAGAUGAGAAUGAAGAUAAUCCAAAUAAUGGUCAUUUUCUGCCAAGUAUCGCAGUCCGACGUUCACGUGCGCAAUGCGCUUGGGACGCGCAAGAUCAUCAGAAGAUUGCUGCGAGGAUGCGAACUACUCGAACCAGAGUACUUGGUUCAUAUGCUUAAAUGCGUCAAGCAUCUGUCCAUGAAUGCCACGCUCCUGGAAGUGCUACAAAAUGCCAACGCUAUCGAGAUCCUCGUGAAAAUACUCGAGGAGCAAGCCGCAGGCCCAUACAGUACCGAAAUUUCAAAUCACAUCUUCCAAACUCUCUUCAAUCUGUGCCGGUUGAACAAGUCCAGGCAGGAAGAGGCUGCGCAAGCUGGCAUAAUUCCCAGUUUGAAGCGGGUGAUCGAGGCGAAGUCCCCUCUAAAGCAGUUUGCUCUUCCGAUUCUUUGCGACUUGGCAAGCGCUGGAAAGACCUGUCGUAACAUGUUAUGGCAACAGGACGGCCUUUCACUGUACCUGAAGCUUCUUGCCGAUCCCUAUUUUCAACUCAGUGCCUUGGAGUCAAUCAUCUCAUGGCUCCAAGAUGAAAUGGCACGGGUAGAGGACGAGCUCAUGAAACCCGAGGCGCUCGAAUCCCUCCUUGGUUGCUUCGUCUCCGCGAAGACCAACUCUUUUGAGAACCUGCUCGAUCCGUACCUCAAGCUUUUUCGUAUGUCAACUCGCAUCACGGUUGGCAUGGCCCGCUCGCGGCUCUUCCACCGCAUCACCGAUCGGCUAUCACACCACAAGGGGCAAGCCGUCGUACGCCUCAAGCUCCUCCGUAUCCUGCGUGCCGUGUGCGAGUCGCACCCGAACAGGGUCGCCGUCGUGGAGCGGUUCGGCCUUUAUGGGAUCGUCUCGCGGCUCAGUAAGGAGGAUAACGCGGUGCUAGUGCGGGAGCUCGCGAGAGAGAUCAAACCGAUUCUCGCGCCUGGCCUCAAGCCUGCGCAGAGCAGAAGCAAUCUGCGGAGCGGGUCGGGGGAUGUCAAGCCCGGCGUCGCACCCAAGAAAAACUUCCGCAGGACGGCGUCCGAGGCGAAUGCGGGCGUCUUGCUUCCCGCCGCCGGCACGCCUCCGCCGGGACACAGUACGGGUUACAAUCCACCGCCGUUGAGCACUACUACUAGAGCCGCGUCGAAGUCGCGGCCGAGGCAACGGCUUGGAGACAUCCCCUGGCAGGUCGACGAAUCUUUCCGUUAAUGGCUUUAUCACCACCUCAACCACUGCCCUUCCUUAUCUCAACGGUCGCUGAUGACCGUUGUACACCCUCGCUCUUUCGCAGUCUCCGUUUUUAUCAUGGUGUUAUCCUCUCCUUACUUUCGAAUGGAUCGCUGUCGUCGCAUUUGUAUCAUUUUCUCGCAAGCCAGUUAGUAUAGACGCAACUUAAU